CUAGCCAACUUCCGUCGCGCAUUGUCGCUGUGUGCAAGAGGGUUAAGUUGUUGUUGCAUUCAGUAUCAGAUAAAAGGAAAUGUAAUGUAUUAUAGCCGAGUAAAAAACGGCAAACGAUAGAAGAUGCAUCUGGGAAUCUCAAAAUAGGUUACCGGCUUGACAGCUCGCUACCGAUGUAACCUGCAUGACAUAUUUAAAUGGGAAAGGUGGGUAAAGUGACUGAACUCGCUUUGCCUUUUACUUCUUUCACUAAGGCACUAAUCGCAGAACACCUAAACACGCGUUCGAAAACUUAUAUUGUGAGUGAUCAUUCAUACGGUUUCAUCAGCUGUUUUUGACAUACAUUAUUCCGACAACUAAUAGCAUCCAACAACCAGCUAUGUCUCAGCCCGACGAAAAAGAAAAGCCUGUUAAUAGCAUCCUGAAGAACCUUGUGGCCGGUGGUGUUGCCGGCAUGUGUUCGAAAACAGCUGUUGCACCAUUGGAUAGAAUAAAAAUUUUAAUGCAAGCACAACAUAAGCAUUAUAAGAAUUUAGGUUUUAUCUCAGGAUUAAAAUUUAUAGUAAAAAACGAAGGUUUCUAUGCUCUGUACAAAGGUAAUUUUGUUCAAAUGAUUAGGAUUGUUCCUUACGCUGCGGGACAAUUUACAGCGUAUGAAAUGUACAAAAAGCAUUUAGGAGGAUCGUUCGGGCAAUAUUCACAUAUAGAUCGAUUCUUGGCUGGAGCUGCCGGAGGUGUCACGGCUGCUACAAUUACGUAUCCGCUCGAUAUGAUCAGAGCGAGGCUAGCUUUUUUAAGCAGCGGUGAUUCACUUUAUUCUGGGAUAUCCGACGUGGCUAUUAAAAUUUUCAAACAGGAAGGCGGCUUUCGCGCAUUAUACAGAGGAUACCUGCCGAAUGUAAUAGCGAUGGUACCGUACGCCGGAUUAUCCUUUUACACGUACGAGAAGAUGAAAUAUUUAUGCAUAAAACACGCUCCGGAUUACUUUUGUUCCAAGCAAAAGACAAAUACCGGCGGUCUCAUAUUGAAUGUAUUUGCGAAACUUCUAUGCGGGGGUAUUGCCGGUGCCAUUGCACAUACAGUCUCUUAUCCAUUAGAUGUCACUAAGAGACGUAUGCAAUUAGCUAUGAUGCAUCCAGCGACAUAUAAAUACGGAUUGGGAAUGUGGUCCACUAUACGUAUGAUAUACUAUGAAGACGGCGUUGUAAGAGGUUUAUACCGUGGAAUGACCGUACAUUUUGUGCGGUCUGUUCCAUUCGUAGCGGUCGGUUUUACGUCGUAUGAAAUAAUGAAGCAAAUGAUGAAUUUAGACACGGGAAUGAAAGUGUAAUUUCAACGAAACAUACGCAAUCGUUCCUUGCAAAUACAGCAAAUUAAUUUACAUACAUGUAUUUAGUAUUUUAUACAUGAAUGCCAAAUUCAUUUGCAUUAAAAUUUAUAGUUUUUAUUCUUUAACUUCUUUAAUAGCAUUUGGACUUUAUUACAAAUUACAUUGGUUUUAUGAAGACAUGUAAUUCCUUGUGAAGAGAAAACGAAGAAAAAGAUUGCGCACUUGUACAGCAAAAGUAAAUAUUCUAUUUAUUUUCUGUAUUUUUAAGAUGUUUUGAACAAGAUUUGGUUUUUGAAACAUCAUUAAUAAGUUUGAUGUAGAAAUACUUCAUUCGUUUUAACGUGCGUCAUAUCACAUUUAUGAAAUAAAAUUUCCAAAAUAUUUUUAUAAAAAAUUAAGGCGAAUUUUAUCCUCAAUUUUGUUUUCAACGGAAUCUCUUCACAUAUAAGUUUUUAGACAAAUCGAUUUUUCUAAUUGCUAUAUUAAAUUCGACUUUUCGAGAAACUUAAUAUUUUUAUAUAAAAAUUUAUCAAUAAUUGUAUUGCAAUAUAUCAGCGAUCGUAUCAAGCACAAAUCAUAAUAUUCUGUGAUAAACAUGUUCCGUAAAGAUAAUGAGAUACGUCAGAGAAUUCAAUCGUCGAUAAUUUAUAUAAAGAUCAGAUCUCAAUGUAUUGAACACGCUAAUAUUCGUAUUAUGAUAACGAAGAAGUCAGCGGAACUAGAUAUUAAUUUUAUACAUAUAUAUAUAUUAUUGUAAAUACUGACAAAACUUUAUAUAAGAAACGAAACGUAAAAUAAAAAUAUUUUCCUAAAUAUGCUGGCAUGUGCUUAUUUGUGUGCACAACUGAGAAAUAUGCUGAUAAGAUUUUAUCUUCACUCAUAUUACCUUGAUCACGCGUGACGCAGAUAUUCGUACAUAGAAAUAUGAUAACGUAGAUAAGAAAUAUACGCUGUACAACAACUGAAUCGUAAAAAGAUGACAAUGAAAAAAACAGGCACACGGAAAAUGAAUCUUAUGCGUGGCAUAUGCAUAUAUUCCGUGAGAAAUACUGUGAACAAAAUAUAAACAAAACUCCAUCUAAAUGUGAUAAUAUAUCUUUAUUUUUCUAAUUUCUUAUAAUGAGAUGACAUUAUAAUCGUACGUUCAUGGUAUUUUUUUUCAGUAGUUUUUCUCGUCACAAAUCUGGACUCCUCCAGUGCCAGACUUUGCAAGCUAAAGUGUAAAGUAUUUCAAAUGAAGCUCAUGUUACAUAAAGUUACGAGAAGUAAGUCGCGUGCUAGGACAGCUCAAUUCUCUAUAUUUACCAUGUACAAUCGGCCUUUAACAUUAUUUCAGAUAAUAUUAAAAAAUUAUAAAAGCUAUCACGAAAGAUUUUAGUUUUAUCGGGAUAUAUAAAAUUUGCUCCGCGCGUAUUUUAAUACUCGAAUUAAUAUAUCGCAUAUAAAUUUCUCUAAGUUGGGUUAAGUGUAAAAUGAAAAACUCUACCGCUUCUCUUUUCAAAAAGCUAAUAUUAUCAUUGUCGUAUAUAUAUGUAUAUAUGCGUAUUAAUGAAUCUUCUUUAAUUAAUGAAAUUCUUUUUAGUACAGGAAGUGUAUUCACGAAAUUUUGAUCAACGAAAAUCAUCAGAAGAUUGCAAAUGAAUCUAAAUAUAUAAUAGUUCUCUCUAUCCGUGUUUGCCGCAAGUCACUGCGAGAUCGAAAUAUGAUGUUAUCCAUGCCGGAUACUAUGCGUGUUU